AUGCGGCAACGUGUUAGAAUCUCCGAGGCAUGGGUGCUCAUGCUCGUGAUUGCUACAUUUGCUGCUGCUGUUUCUGCCCAGGACAGCGAAAUGGCUUCUGCACCAGCACCAGGAAUGGAUGCUGGCGAUGGGUUCUCUUUGCCAGUUUCGGGAGCCAUUGUUGGGUUGUCUCUUGUUGUUUCUCUUCUUGGCUUCUUCCAACAUUGA